AUGAACUCUCUCAGCAUCAGAUUGGUUAAGGCAACGCUAUUUCGGCACGGCUUCUUUGCGGGUGACUCCACCCCGAUUGCCCGACACAGCGACCGAGAGAUCAUGGCCACAACACCACAACAGGGGCUAAAAGCAGCGGCGUGCUUGGCCAAGCAACAGUUUAUGGAAGUUAACGCGACCAAGACGAAGUAUACUUUCUUCGGGACCAAAAAUAUGAACCCCCUUGAUUUUUUCUACAAUGACACACCGGUCGCCAUGGAACUAGCUACCGUCCCAUCCCGCAGCUGGAGGCCAAAGCAAGACACACUGCGUACCUUCUACUUGGCUCUGAUGCAAACCAAAGCAAUGCAUGGCAUACGGAUAUGGUGCUGGGGCACAUCCCUCACCUCGCGAUCCGCACCUUAUGCUUGGAAGCAUGGGGCCUAUGAAAAAAUUGCCGGCACCCCAAAAGGCAGCCGCACAGACGAUGCCCUACCCGAGGCCAGAAUAAAGCUACGAAGUGCGUUGGUACCAAUCCGCCGCCUCACAUAUCGGCCCUUGUGCGAAAUACGACGGGGAGCCGUGCGUGACAGAACCAAAGCGGCAUACUCGACCGCCCGCCCCGCACGACAACCAUAUACCACCACCAUGGCGCAGCACCCAGAACCCCAUAUUGAAGACAGGGUCCCGCCCCCAACGCCCUUCACGCCGCAAUGGGCAUUUCAAGCCCCGUUUCGCACACCGCCCAAAGGCGCCACCGCCGACAACCUGAAGGGGGCCAAGCCUCAAGCAAGCACAAGGCCGAUUGCCCGACGCUUUUGCCGGAAGGGUUCUGCGCCACCCAUGCGCUAG